CUGGUUGUUCGCGUUCGCGAACUCAAUAUAAAAUAAAGUACCAGGCAAGGUCACUUCAGUUUGUUAUGAUAAAAGCUGAGUGAAUGUGCAGUUGAAGAAAUUGUGUACAAAAUCGCACGAGUUUUCCAAAGCGACAAUGAAAAUAACCCCGAAGACCUUUCAGAGCAUUGCAAAAAUGCUCGAUUUUUAUUCCCAGUUCAACCCGUCCCCACUGUCCAUCAAAAAAUUCAUAGAUUUUGGGUUAAAUGCGUCGGAGCAGAAGUCGUUCAUCUUCCUGCGUAAGGAAUUGCCAGUUCGACUUGCCAACAUAAUGAAGGAGAUUGCCCUUCUACCCGAAAAUCUGCUCCGGAUGCCGUCGGUGAUAGCGGUGAAUGACUGGUAUAUUCGGAGUUUCCAGGAGAUAAUUGAAUUCGAGAAAAAGGAAAUCAACAAUAACAAUCUACAGUACUUCUGUGAUAGCUUAGUGAAAAUUCGUAAUCGGCACGCGGAUGUGGUCGAAACUAUGGCACAAGGGGUUUUAGAAUUGAAGGACUCGCACGACGUUGAUCAUCAGACGGAACACAGUAUUCAGUAUUUUCUUGAUAGGUUUUACAUGUCGAGGAUAUCGAUCAGGAUGUUGAUUAAUCAACACACGCUCUUGUUUGGGGGACAAUUAGAGAACGCACCGGGACCCAACCAGAGCAAAUACAUAGGAUGUAUUGAUCCCCAAUGUGAUAUAGUCAGCGUUAUUAAAGACGCUUACGAAAAUGCACGGUUCCUAUGUGAUCAAUAUUACUUAGCAUCGCCUGACUUAAUUAUUAAUGAGGCUCAACACAACGAAUUACAAGAAGAAGGACACAUCAAAAUCGUUUACGUACCAUCACAUUUAUACCACAUGUUGUUUGAACUUUUCAAAAAUGCCAUGAGGGCUGUUAUGGAGUACCACAGCUCGGAAGACAAGUACCCACCCGUCACAGUCACCAUAGCGAGGGGGAAGGAAGACAUUUCGUUGAAAAUGUCAGACAGAGGAGGCGGCAUUCCACGAUCCACGAUGGACCAUUUGUUUAAAUACAUGUAUUCCACUGCACCACAACCCAGUAAAUCAGACGCUCACACGGUACCCUUGGCUGGAUAUGGGUACGGUCUACCCAUUUCGAGGUUAUACGCGCGAUAUUUCCACGGAGAUCUAGUCUUAUUGUCCUGUGAGGGAUACGGCACAGAUGCGAUGAUUUAUUUAAAGGCUUUGUCAAACGAAGCAAACGAGUUGCUUCCUAUUUUCAACAAAACCACGUCCAAGUUCUACAGGACGGUGGUUCAGACGGGUGAUUGGUCGAAUCAGGCAGCCAAUGUGACUCAGAGGACGAUCUGCACCGGACAAUACAAGAAACAUCAGCUUCCGCAGGAAUCCAUGACAGGGGCUAUCUAGCUAGAGGAGUAAUUUAUUAGUUGAUUUUUACGGUUGAAACUAGCUGAAAGUAAUGCAUUAAGUGUAAGUGAUUUGUUGCAAUUAGACUGUGAAAGAUAGUUGUUGCCAAAUUUGUAUGCUUGAAAAGCAUGUAUUUGCAUGACUGUUAUGCUGUAUUAGAUGAUUCCAUGUAAUGGACAAAAGUAACCUGAACUGUUAUAUUACCGUUAACUUUAUAGACCUGUAGGUCGCUAAAUAUCAUGUAUAUAAAUUUUUAAGAGUUUUAUUAAGUUUGUAAAAAUGUACAUAUAUUUAAAAAUGGACAAAUCUAAUUUGAUUUAUUUUAUUAUUGACUUCGUUUAGCUUUAAUUUUUAAAACUGAUGUUGGUUGAAAUAAAAGAGUACUUUUUAA